AUGAUCUCACCCCCAAAAUUCAUCUUCGUCCUCGGACCCCCUGGUGUCGGGAAAGGAACCCAAUGUAUGCUCCUCGCCCAGCUAUCGAAUCCUCAUCGCCACAUCCACCACAUCAGCAUUGGUGAUAUCCUCCGCUCGGAGCUGCAGAAACCAUCUAGUCAAUGGGCAUCCAUCAUCCGAGCCAAUAUGGCCGAAGGCCGAACAGGUCCACCCGAGAUGUCUGUUUCUAUGUUACAGGAAGCGAUUUCACAAAGAAGUGAGGAUAUCGAGCCAGGAAAAGAAAUGGUAUUUUUGAUCGAUGGAUUCCCUCGCAGUAUGGAUCCCGUCGCACUCUUCGAAUCCACAAUCUGUGCGCCAUCUCUCGUAUUCUCUCUACAUUGUCCGCUGCAAAUUCUGCAAGAGAGACUUUUGUCUCGAGCUAAAUCUUCAAGCCGGAUUGAUGAUGGGGUUGAAACUAUGCAUAAGCGAUUUCGACAGCAUGCUUGUGCUACUGGACCUGUUAUUGAGCAUUAUAGGGAGCGAGGGUUGCUGGCUGAGAUUGAUGCGAGUAGGAAUGUUGAGGAGGUACAUCGGGAUGUUUGGGAGGCGGUGAAGAAGAUCUUGGGAGAGUGUUGA